UUUGUACUAACUUAUCUGGGUAAAGGGAAAGCUGUUCCUUUCAAUUAUGUUUGCUGUGACUCUGGAAACUGAGCAAACAAAGUCUGAGGGAAACUUCAUUCUCAAGCAGAACUGACAGAAGGUACAAGGACUGGAGGACAGGGAUCUUCUGUAGGACAUACCUGCCUCAGGAUUCACAACUGAAUUGCAAAUCUAACAACUUGUGGGAGUACAGUCCAGACUUGCUGGGCAUUCAUCAUCCUGAUGGCAAACGAGAGACUGGUUCAGCCCCGGAGUGUCAGACUGUAGUCUUCUUGAACUACAGGGAAGUAUGCUCACCUGCAGAGCACUGUCAGGUAGGUGGUGACACUGCAGCAAGACAUGACCUCAAGAUGGCAUGUGAAUCUACGUGGGAGGGGCUGCUCCUGACGCAAGACCUGACACUCACCCACCUGUAUCAGAGUUCUAAUUCACAUAAAGCUGAUGGAGUUGUGGAGGCUACCUGUCUUCUGCUGCUCUGCUGCUGAUCCAUCGUCUCAGUUGCCAUAGAGACAAGAUCUGGAAGCCAUGGAUGGGCAUGGGAGAGAAGCUGCCAGCAGGUUCUCCACCGGUGGUGUCCAGCAGGACACUUCUCAGCAGGUAUCAAGAGAGUCGUGUUCAGUCUCGGAAGGUGAGGAAGAGUCAGAGGAUGCUAACCUGGUGACCCACGAGAGGGACUCACACACACAGCAUAUUGCCAUUCAAAGAAAUUCCAAGUACUACCGGUCCAUGAGGCUGCCCAGGAGAGAGAAAAGAAAGACUUCGAGAGAGGCAAUGUUGAUGGGGCGUGCUGCAGGUUCACUCAAAAGCAAUGAGCCUAUCAAAGAGCCUCUGAACGUUUUACCCCGUAAGGGAUCAUCAUCUCCGGUGAACUCUGACGUGGCAACGUUGGACCAACUAUGGAUCCAAAGGCUGCUGCCUUCCUACCCCGGUUACCGUGGCAACCUCCCGGGCUCCCCCAGCCCCGCGCCGCCGCCGCCGCUGCCGCCGGAGCUGCUGGGCAGCCGCCUGCCGCCGCCGGCCAUGGAGCUGCUGGCCGCGGCCCUCAGCGCCGCCUGCGCCCUCGACCGGGACGGCUCGACGGGACAGCCCGGCAGGGAGCCCGCCGAGGAGAGCCCCGCCGAGGAGAGCCCCGCCGCCGCCGCGGGGCCGCCGCCGCCCGCCCAGCCCGUGACGGCCGACUCCUGGAGGAACCUCAUCGAGCACAUCGGGCUCUUGUACCAGGAAUAUCGAGAUAAAUCUACACGCCAGGAGAUUGAAACCAGAAGACUGCAGGAUUCACAGACAGACCCCGAGGAGAGUUCGCCCAGUGAGGAAACCCCUUCUGAAGCAGAACCUUCGAGUGCAACUGAAAGCAAAGGUCCAUCACAAAUCAGCUUGCUGAGGAACUCCAACUCCAGGUUCAACUUAUGGCAGGAUCUCCCUGAGAUCCAGAGCAGCGGGAUCCUCAGCAUCCUCCAGCCAGAUGAGAUCAAACUGCAGGAGGCCAUGUUUGAGCUGGUUACUUCUGAAGCCUCCUAUUACAAGAGUCUGAAUCUGCUGGUGUCUCACUUCAUGGAGAACGAACGUCUGAAGAAGAUCUUACACCAGUCUGAGGCACACAUCCUCUUCUCCAAUGUCCUGGAUGUCAUGGCUGUCAGUGAGCGCUUUCUGUUGGACCUGGAGCAGCGGGUGGAGGAGAAUAUUGUGAUCUCGGACGUGUGCGAUAUUGUCCACCAGCACACGGUCAACCACUUCUCUGUGUACAUCACCUAUGUCUCCAACCAGACCUACCAGGAGAGGGCCUACAAGCAGCUUCUCCAGGACAAGCCAGCUUUCCGGGAAGUGAUCUCUCAGCUGGAGCUGGAUCCCAAGUGCAAAGGCCUGUCGUUUUCUUCCUUUCUGAUUCUGCCAUUUCAAAGGAUCACUCGGCUCAAGCUGCUGGUGCAGAAUAUUCUGAAGAAAGUGGAAGAGAAGUCUGACAGGGAGACCACUGCCCUGGAAGCACAUAAAGAACUGGAAACAGUGGUGAAGGCCUGUAACGAAGGCGUCAGGAAGAUGAGCCGAACAGAGCAGAUGAUCAGCAUCCAGAAGAAACUAGAAUUCAAGAUCAAGUCUGUGCCCAUCAUCUCUCACUCCCGCUGGCUGCUGAAGCAGGGGGAAUUGCAGCAGAUGAAUGGUCCAAAGACAUCACGGACACUUCGCACCAAGAAACUCUUCAGAGAAAUCUACUUGUUCCUGUUCAAUGACCUGCUAGUACUUUGCCGGCAAAUCCCUGGGGACAAGUACCAAGUGUUCGACUCUGCUCCCCGUGGGCUUCUUCGAGUAGAGGAGUUGGAAGACCAGGGGCAAAGUUUGGCCAACGUCUUCAUCCUGAGGCUGCUGGAGAACGCAGAUGACCGAGAGGCCAGCUACAUGCUGAAGGCAUCAUCCCAGAGUGAAAUGAAGCGCUGGAUGAUUUCCCUGGCCCCGAACCGGAGAACCAAAUUUGUUUCAUUCACAUCUAGACUUGUCGACUGCCCACAGAUCCAGUGCGUCCACCCCUACGUGGCCCAGCAGCCAGAUGAGCUGUCCUUGGAGCUGGCUGAUGUCCUCAACAUCCUGGACAAGACAGAUGACGGCUGGAUAUUUGGGGAGCGUCUUCAUGACCAGGAGAGGGGCUGGUUCCCCAGUUCUAUGGGGGAGGAGAUCCUGAACCCCAAAAUCCGAGCCCAGAACUUGAAGGAGUGUUUCCGGGUGCACAAGUCGGAUGACAGCCAGCGGAGGAAACUGGGCAGCAGGAACCGCCAGUGACUGCAGGUGUCCCCGCGCGUCGGGAGCAGGACAGAGGCUGCCAGGGGGAGGUGGCAACAGUGCUGUGGGCCACGGUGCAGGACCCAGUGGGCCAGAGCAGGCACACACCCCCCAAACAAACAGAUUGCAGUUGCUGGGCUCCCCACAGUGCUGAUCCUUCCCUGGACAUCAGUGGCUUGAACUGGCUAAAAUAACCCCCUCCCGGGUGCUCAGAAAAGCCCCACAGAGCACUAGCCAAAUGGACAUGGCCCAAAGGCCACCAGGUGCCUGCUGAUUACUUUCCUGCUCUCCUGGGGCUGGGUCAUGCUGUUCAGGAAAGGCACGUGGCCACAAAGAUAAGGAAGCGAUUAACGCCGCCUGGUUUGCACACCUGCAGCUCAUGGCUGCCUGUCGAGUCUGGGGCUCUCCUAAGGUUGUGUCCAUUUUUGCCCCUGUGCCAUGCAGAGGAGACAUCUUCCUGCCUCUCACACGGUUCAUUGGCACCAGGCUGGGACCAGCCCCAGGAAUCCCACCUCCCCAGGCCCCUGCUGGUCCCGUUCCCACAGGCAGACCCUCAAUCUGCUUCCAGUCAAAGACUCCAAAAUGCUCCGUGCCCAGCCCCACUCACCAGCAGCCCAACAUCGCCAGCCCGGACCCGCAUCUCUGCCCACCCGACAGCUCGGGAGCCCUCCUGGGCCCUGCCCGUGCUUCUCCCCGCUCCACCAGCCAUUCCCUGUGCAGAGCUUGGCCCUGCUGCCUGCCCAGCAGACCCAGCUGCCACGCAGCGCCGAGGGACGUUACCCCAGGAGCUGUUGUCCUGCCGUGGCUGCCCGCACGCUCCUGACCCGCACCACCCAGCAGCCUCACCUCACUUCCCUGUACCUACGGAAACCCUUGGUUGCAGCAGGGCCAGAUCACCUCUCCUUCAGCUGUGACAACAUGGAGCCCCGGGCACAGCACUGAGACCAGCCCGGGGACAGACCCGACCCUCUGCUGACAGCCUGGCUCUGCACAGGUCCACGCGUGGCCACAGGCCAGGGCUGCCUGGCCACAGGCUGGUCCCAGACCAGUGUCCAUCAGGGAAAUCAGUUACGUGGCAUCUUCCCGUGCCACUGCGGAGAAGUGUCUUCCAGGCGCUGCCUGGGUUGUGCUGGAAAAGGGGCCAGGGAGCAGCUGCCAAGGGAGCCAGGCACGGAGUAGAGGAGAACAGCCCAUGGGGAGGAAGCAGGACACUGGGAGGGGUCUCCAGAGCUGGUCCUGGGGCCGCUUGGGGCUGUCCACUCAGUCACUGCAGCCCUGAGACAGCCUGACCAGAGUCAGCCCUGCACUGGGGGGUUGCAGACAGGCCCCAGAAACAAACUGAGGGAAGCCACAGCAGUGGCAGGAGGGCUUGGAGGUCUCCCCAACCAGACCCAGUGCCACCACGUUGGCACAAGGGCUGUGCUUGCCCCAGCCCCUUCUAGCACCCUAGGGAGAGCCCCAGGGCAGCAGCCAGAGGCUCCCAGCCCCUGCCAGCACCCAGCCCAAAGCUGGGGCCAAGAAGGGCCCAUGGCCUCCAGCUGGUGCAGAGCUAAUUCAGUGGGGACACCCCAAGUCAGAUCCUCCCAAGUCCCCCACAGGCAGCUUUCCAAGUACAGCAAAAGCUCCAGCUCAGGGUCGAUAGACCUUGCAGCAGCCACAAAUUCUCUAAUGCAAAACCCAGGGGAGCUCCAGCUCUAGGAAGUCCUUAAAAUUACCUGAAAUAGGCAGAUCCCAGCUCCUCCUGCUCUGCAGCCCAGCAGCCAGCCCAGCCCAGCCACCACAGCCCACACACCUUCCCCGGGAUGUUUCUCCCAGCACAGAAAUGGUCCUUUAUCUCUCAGAAGUGGCUCUUUCACUAGUGGAGGGGCUGGCCCAGGUUCCCCAGUGCCAGGACACCAGUUCCUCACUGCAUUGUUUUGUGGGGAGAGGGGCCCAGGACUGCUGUGCAGUGUCCCACACCCCACCGCCAAGCCCCAGGACUCACCCCAGCCCCUCUUGCUCUGUUGUGACUUUCUAGGACUCCAAACCCCAGGCACAGGCUGUGCCGUUUUCAGGCACCAAGUGGCAUCCAGUGUUAUUUCCUCAGCCCCAGCCCUGCACGCCCCCGUUUCAUGGUCUCCAGUGUUGUACAGGGCCAGGCCUGGGGCCCACAGGCACAGCUGGACCCCCCAGCCCCUGCUGGGCUGCCUCAGCAAACUGAGGGGAGCUUCUUGUCUCGUUUUUCCGUGUGAUGAAAUACAGCUGAGCGAGCCAGUGCCAA